AUGUUUGGCCGUCGAGCACUCCCCGCUGUGUUCUCUGCUGCUCUCCUUUUCUUGCACAAUGUCUCCGCUGAAGUGACGAUAUACGCUCAGUUCGGUGUGCCGCCUGGUGCACAACCGACGCCCUGCAUCGGCGCAGUACCAUGCGACGGGAACGUCCUACAAGUAAUUGGUCCUCAAAAUCAAAAUAUUACCAACACGAUAUCAGUCCAGCUCUUCAGUGGAGGGAUGAGCGGGCUUUCGAUGGGCAUUGCUGGGCAUUUCUUUGGUUUUUCGCUCGAGUUGUCGGUCGUGAAUCACCUGCUUGGGAGUAAUCCUGAUCUGAUAGACCCGAUAUUUAUGAACCUUAUGUCCACCGUUAUUUCGAGGUCACAGAAGCUAUUCCUGCGAGUAGGUGGUAAUUCCCAGGAGCAGUCGGUUGUUAUUCCUGAUGGAUUACCGGAUGGUGCUAUGAUUGAGAAAGGUGCUAUCGGAAGCUCAAGGACCGGUACACCGGCACUUCUCAUAUCGCCUUCGCUCAUCUAUACUAUGUCGAAUAUCUCGACUUUCUUACCGACGGUUUCGUGGUUCAUCGGCACGCCAUUUAACGACACUCAAAAUCCGCGAAUGUUAAUUACGGAGCUCGCACAGCAAGUAUUGGGCGACAAGCUUAUUGGCGUUCAACUCGGUAACGAACCGGAUUUGUACUUCCAAAACGGCAUUCGUGGUUCAGACUACAACCCAACCCAGUACAACUCAGAUUGGGGCACCGUGCUGAACGACUUUUUGGCGAAUCCAAGUAUUAAAAACACGACACAGUUCAUUGCUCCUAGCGUGUGCUGCGGAGGCAACAUUGGAUGGACACCCGAACAAGUUUGGAAUACCGGUUUCCUGGACCAGUAUAAAGAUCACCUUGGAUACAUUGCCGUACAACAUUACCCCUCGGACAACUGUAACGGAUCAGUACACAACGACCCAAAUCAGCAGCUCCCUGCUAUCUAUCUCAACCACAAUGCAGUCCAAGGUCAGAACCAGGCAUACGUCAAUAGUACGACUAUCGCACAGGGUCUUGGGAAACCUUUCCUUUUGUUUGAGACGAAUACGGCGUCUUGUGGUGGGUUCUCGGGAUUGAGUGAUUCGUUCGCUGCUGCGCUUUGGGCGGUUGAUUAUUCGUUUAAUAUGGCGAUGGGGAAUGUUUCGCAUUCGUUCUUCCAUGUUGGUGGACAGAGUAACUACUACAACCCAUUCACACCUCCCGCAACGAACCAAACUCGGUUCCGACAAUGGACGAUCGGAUCGACGUUCUACUCCGCGAUCGUCAUGGCCGAAGCCCUCGGGACGAGCGGGGCCGCACAAGUCGUCGACUUAUUCCUCAAUAACAACGCGGCGCUUACGCCUGGAUAUGUCGUUUACGAACAAGGCAACCCUGCACGUGUGGUGUUGAUGAACUUCAUUACGGACCCGACUGGUUCGGCGAAUUAUACGGCGUAUAUUAGUGUUGGAGGGAACUCGACGGGUCAGCCGAAUGCUACUCCUGCGAGUGUCCAAGUCAAAUACUUGCUUUCUGACUCUGUGGCUGAGAAGUGGAAUAUUACAUGGGCUGGACAGACCUUUGGUGGACCCUUCGCGUCUGACGGCCGCCUAACUGGGACUGAACAAAUUUACACUUAUGCGUGUGAUCAGACGAAUAAUGUCUGUCCUGUACCUGUCCCGGCGCCCGGUCUUGCGCUUGUGUUUUUGAACUCGGAUGCGUUGAGUGAGUCGGAGCCUACUACGACGCAGACUUUUGCGACUACUACUACGGCGACUGGUCCAGCGAAUACAGCAACGAUCGACCAAGUGGUAUUAGCCACUUCGAACGGGCGAGGUGGAGGUAAAUGGAACUCACUUGGAUCUACGAGUUGGGGAAGCUCGAAUGACGCGCGGAAGUCGGUGGCGGUGCUUGCUUCGUCGACUGUUUUGCUUGGUGCGUUGGGAUGUAUUGCGAUGUUUGUCAGUUCUAUGUGGAGGUGA